GCAGAGUGAGGUCAUGGGCUCUAUUUGCAGUAAGGGGAGCUAUGAUGAGAUGGCUCACAAGAAAAGUAAAAAGAAGACCUCCGAAAAGCUAGCUGAUUUGGAUAAGACGAUGCGAGACGACAUUCACCCUCGCAAGGAAUCUCAUCAUAAUCAUAAGCAAGAAAAGAGCGCAGAAACCAAGUCGAGUCAGCCUAGCUUAAAAGACAAGAAGCGCAUGAUGAAUAGUUACGAAGGGAGUGAAGGUCUUACAUCGCAAACUCUUUACAACGACUCUUCACUGAAAGAACAAGUAAAGCUACCAGUGAAUACGACCGUUGAAGAGUGGAUCUACACCAACCUCGUUUAUUUUGUGCAAGAUAUUACACUGCUCUAUGAUUCAAUUGCUGAAGAAUGCACACGCUCAUCUUGUCCUGAAAUGACAGCAGGACCACACUAUACGUAUCUUUGGACAGACGGCCGCAGUAGCAAUCCUGUGAGCAUGAGUGCCAACGAGUACAUCAAUUCUCUUUUCCAGUACAUUUCCGACUUGUUCAAGCGAUCUCCUUACAAUGAGUGUAAGAACGGGGUGUUCCCCGAAGACUUUAUUCCCACGGUUUCGACGAUCUUUAAGAAGCUGUUUCGGGUGUAUGCUCAUGUGUAUCAUCACCACCUUAACUCUUUUAUCCAAGUGGGUGCCGAGACGCAUCUGAACACCUAUUUCAAACGCUUUGUGAUGUUCGAGCGGCAGUACAAGCUGAUUAGCAGCAAGGAGGAGCUGCCUCUGCGGAAGCUGAUCAAGCGGCUGUUGGAAGACGAGCAGAUGGACGAGGAGACGCCGAUGCCGCUGCAGUCCUCCGUGUCCUUCAAAAACUCUGAUUAG